GCGACCUUUUUGUUUUUUUUUUUUGUUUAUUCCUCACAACAAAAGGGCAGGAGGAGAAAAGGAAAAAUAAACGUAUUUAAAGAGACACAGAGAGAGUAAAGACUAAAGACUAAAGACUAACGGGGUUUGAUAGAGAACGAAUAUUGAAAAGAUGAUAGACUUUGCUCGAGUGCAAAAAGAGCUACAAGAAUGUAGCAGAGAAAAAGACACUUCGGGCAUUAAGGUCUCUCCUAAAUCAGACAAUCUUGCUCGCUUGACUGGCAUCAUUCCUGGCCCUCUCGGCACUCCCUAUGAAGGAGGCUCCUUUGAAAUCGAUAUCGCAUUGCCUGAUGGGUAUCCGUUUGAGCCUCCCAAAAUGAAGUUUGUGACCAAAGUUUGGCACCCAAACAUUAGCAGUCAGAGUGGGGCGAUAUGCCUGGAUAUCUUGAAGGACCAGUGGAGCCCUGCACUCACUCUUAAGACAGCUCUUCUUUCUGUUCAAGCUUUGCUUUCUGCACCUGAACCCGAUGAUCCUCAAGAUGCUGUAGUAGCACAACAGUAUCUUAGAGAAUAUCAGACAUUUGUUGGUACAGCUCGUUACUGGACAGAAAGUUUUGCCAAGGCCUCUUCUUUAGGCCUUGAGGAAAAGGUGCAACGUCUUGUGGAAAUGGGUUUUGCUGUUGGUUUGGUGAGAAGUACUCUAGAGGCUGUUGGUGGUGAUGAAAACCUAGCUCUUGAAAAGCUUUUAUCCAGCUGAUCUGUGCUGGAGCUGCCAAUUGUUCCUACUUUAAGUUAUUUUUCACUGACCUGGUGAAUCUGAACACUAUACAGUGACUCAAAGGAUUAUAUCUGAAUAUAAGCUGUUUUAUUUAGUUGAAGAUGUGAUUCCAUAAAGUUCAACUUUCU